AUCAGCCCUAAUGACGACCAAAUCCAAUGUUACGCCUCAACGCUUACCAAGUGGCUUCGGCUCUUCGCCCGAAUUUUCAAAGAACCGUCCCGUCCCAUCUUUCUCGAGUCUGGCGUGAGCAAUGGCGCAAGAGUGACCAACAAAACGGCGCAGCAAGCAUCCAACAGCCGCCGGCUAUUGAUCUGGAUCCGGUGCUUCAACACCACAAACUUGGGUUAUGACUGA